GGGUGAAGCGUUGUUGAACUUCGUUUGUCGACAUUAGCUAUGGCGGAUGGCAGUCAGCUGCGGAUAAUACUUUGACAUUUGAAGUUGCUCGAUAUUUGUUUGCUACUGUGUAUGUAAUGAUAGCGAAAAAUGUGUGGGGAGUCGGCCCGCGAAUUCUUUCAGAAAUGGCGGAUGUGGAUAAGACCUGUCGUAGUGGUUAUAUAUGUUAUUGUAAUAGUUGUAGUACUACCAGUACUUGUUGUAAAUGCUAUGAACAAUGGUUUCACGAAGGAAGACCAAGGGACACUCGUUGGAGGAGUCUUUGCAUUAAUGGCCUUACCCAUCUCGAUAUGGGAAAUCAUUCAGCAUAUGGUAUUUUACACAAAACCGCAUCUACAGAAGCACAUUAUCAGGAUACUAUGGAUGGUUCCAAUAUAUGCACUGAAUGCGUGGAUAGGUCUUCUCUGUCCACAGCAAUCAAUUUAUUAUGAUAGUCUCAGAGAAUGUUAUGAAGCAUAUGUUAUAUACAAUUUUAUGACAUAUCUUUUAAAUUAUCUGAAUGCUGAGAUGGAUCUGGAGGCCAAUUUAGAACUGAAGCCGCAAGUGCACCACAUCUUCCCCCUGUGCUGUCUUGGUCCGUGGGAAAUGGGAUGGGAGUUCAUUCACAUGUGUAAACAUGGAAUCUUACAGUAUACUGUGGUACGGCCUUUAACAACAUUCAUCUCUUUUAUUUGUGAGCUGAAUGGUGUAUACAACGAGGGUGAAUUUCGAGCGGAUGCUGCAUUUCCCUACAUGAUAGCUAUCAACAACUUUUCACAGUUCAUUGCUAUGUACUGUUUGGUGCUAUUCUACCGUGCUAACCGAGAGGAGCUUAACCCUAUGCAUCCUAUUGGAAAGUUCCUGUGCAUUAAAGCUGUAGUGUUUUUCUCAUUCUUCCAAGGAGUGAUUAUAGCAAUACUUGUGUACACUGGAGUUAUAUCAUCUGUAUUUGAUGCUUCAGAUCAUGAUACCAUUAAGGACAUCUCAUCAAAAUUGCAGGAUUUCCUGAUCUGUAUUGAAAUGUUCUUGGCUGCCAUUGCACAUCAUUAUUGCUUCUCAUACAAGGAUUAUGUCAAUCCUAACUCUGAACAGCUGUCAUGCUGCACAGCUUUCCUUGCAAUGUGGGAUGUAUCUGAUGUUCGGCGAGACAUAAAAGAACAUCUAGAGGUAGUAGGAAGUUCACUCAGUCGACGUAUAAGAGGGCGUGGUGCAUACCGGUAUGCUGCAGGCAGUGCGUCGGAAAGUUCGCGCUUGUUGGUUCCAGCACCUGAGGCUUCACCAGCUGCCGACACCAGUAGGAGUGCUCCUGCACGCCUGAUUGAACAACGCACAAGCUAUGAGAGUAUUUCAUCUCCAGAUGCUACCUCUCCUAAACAAAGUGCUCAGCCUGUGGAUGAACAAGAUCCACUUAUUGAUUUUAGUCCAGAUGAAGCACAGCCUGCUUCGAAGUUCCCUCAGUCCUAGUCAUCAGAUUUCACUUUCCAGAGAGAGGGAAGUGUAGUGAAAAAAGACAUUUAAGUAAGAAUUCAGAAAUUAUACAUAGAAGAGCAGGAUAUAUAAUGGUAAUUUUUAAUUUAAUUGAGUUCAUUGCUGAAUUUUUUAUUGCAUGUGCUCAACUUUUAGAUGGGUCUUGUUUAAUAUGCAAUUUCUUUAUUCUAUACUAAACAAAAUAACUCUGCCAAGUAGUGGAGCUAAAUAAAGAAGUUCCUGUAAGAAAUAGACACUCCUGAUACAUUUUGCACUAUUGCCAUUGUUAAUCGUCUUGAAUGGCAUAAUACACAAAAUGCAAAUACUUGUUACGUGAUUGAGCAUUAACCAUUGUAUUCAUCUGCUGAUUGCAAUUUGUUUGCAAUAUGACUGAUGUAUAGUACAUAUUUAGCCAUCGUCACCCAAGCCAGUCAGUAAUGUUAUGAAAUCCAAUGAUUUUGCAAUGAUGAAAAAGUCAAAAUAUGCCAACAAAGUCAGUUCUCUUUAUUAAUGAUGACGCAACAUUCAUACAGUUUUAUGUACAAUUUACUGCAGUUUCUUUUCUAAUAAUUAAUCUGUCAUUAUCCAUGAGCAAUAUGACAGUAGAAACUCUGUGCUGAGGAAUAGGAACCUGUAAUAGACACUAAAUCGAGGAGGAAAAUAAUACCAUCCAAAGCACUUAGAAGUUUGGAUAGCUCUGGGAAAUAUAGUUUGUAUUUUCACUCAUCGUCAGUAACAAAUUUAGAUGAAAUAUAAUUGAUGUCACACACAAAAUUGAUCAGUGGCAGUAAGAAGUGCCACUGUUGGUUGUUAUGAAAACAGUAAGUCACUGAGACAUGUUGUAAUGGAGCUGAGUAAGUGGCAUACUGCUUGAGAACAAAGGGCAGGCACAUAAGCUGCUCCAUUGCAGCAACAUUAAGAGGAUGAAACAAGUGACAAGUGAGUCAAACUAAUAGUUUCCAUAUACAUGUUCACUAGUUUCUUGGAUCACAUCCUUUCCAUUAUUGUUGCAGACCGGUAUGUCAGUAGCAGGAUCAGGAGGUAGCACUGGUGUGUGUGUGUGUGUGUGUGUGUGUGUGUGUGUGUGUGUGUGUGUGUGUGUAAGCAAGCUCGUGCACCAUCAAAUGCUGCACUUGCUGUAGAGGUAGACGUGAAUGGUAGAGUGAUGUCAGCACUAGGGAGCGGGAGAUACAUCUGGAGAAUAAAAGAAGAAUAUCGUGGUAGACACACAGCUCAAAUAGGCGCAGAAAGAGAGAUGAGUGAGGGUCGGUUGGAGACUUUUCAGUUCUCAGUAAAAGGUAAUUUUUUCUACUCACUGUCACCCUGCCAACCUCACUACUUGGCAUCAGACUUUCCACUAAACAGUUAUUUUUAAGGUAUUUUAUAGAAUUGACAUAAUAAUUGAUAUUUAAUGUCCAUCAUCGGGCAACUUUAAAAAAAAAUUAAAGUGUAAUGUUAACGUCAUUACACAAAAUACAGAUUUGGACUAAAAACACUUUCUACAGAUUAUCAAUACUAGUAUUACAGGACUGUUACUGUUUUAACAUUGGAUUUUGUCGCCUGUGAUGUAAAUAGUUCUGUAAUAAUUUGUUACUUUUACACAAGUGUCUGCAGUACUUCAAUAUUUCUGGUUUUAUAGUCUGAUGUUUCAAUGAAACCCAUCAUCAGAUAACAUGCCAGUGUUGCUAGACUGACACAGUGUGUAAGUAUAGUAUUAAACAAUAAUGCAUUGUAUAAAUUAUACAGUGAGACUGGUUUCUUCCCCUGUACUUUGGUAGUGGAGAAAAAUUGAACACUUUUCCACAGCUUUUAUUUUGAUGAUGUGUUUGUCAUUCUGGUAGUGAAGAUCAGUGAAAUGUUUCAGAAUUUCUGAAGUCACUACAUUCUAACACUUUCAUUGGUGAAACUUAGAAAAUUAACUGUAAUUUAGCAUUGAUCUGAUGCUAAGUAAUUUGAUUUUACAAUUUGUCUUAACACUAGCAGGUAGUGCUAUGUAGAAGAGUAUUUUGAUGAAUGUAGCCGGCCGGAGUGGCCACGCGGUUCUGGACGCUACAGUCUGGAACCGAGCGACCGCUAUGGUCGCAGGUUCGAAUCCUGCCUCGGGCAUGGAUGUCUGUGGUGUCCUUAGGUUAGUUAGGUUUAAUUAGUUCUAAGUUCUAGGCGACUGAUGACCUCAGAAGUUAAGUCGCAUAGUGCUCAGAGCCAUUUGAACCAUUUUUCGAUGAAUGUAUUGGCUGUACUUCGUCCAAGUUUUAUAUAUUAAGAGUUGCUUUGUGCAGCUGUGAGAUGUUAAAAUAUUUCCAUUGAUUGUGUUGCAAUAAUGGAAAUUACUGGAUGGAGCAAUAUGUAAAAUAAGGGAAAGGCAACCCCUCACCUACAGUGGAUCGAUGCAUGAAGCACAGUUACACGUAACAGAAAACAGCCUUCACACUAGCUCUUUUGUGAGCAAUAAUUCACUUAUUCACACACAGAGACCCAACCAGACACUCAUGUGGCCACAGCAAAUCUUGCCAUCUUUGGGUAUCUUUGCAGGAAAAUGAGCUAGUGCUCUAAAGCUAGUGUGAAUGCUAUUCUCUGUUAUGUUUUACUGUGCUCCAAGCAUCAGCCUGCUGCAUGUGACUGGUUGUCUUUCUCUCAUUUUAGACAAUGUUUAUGCUGGUUAUUUGAAAUCCAAAGUGUUUCAUUUCUCCACAUAGCACCAUUAGAACAACAGUAAAUUGGAAUUGAAAGCCUGUGGUCGCAUAUAUUAGAGAAUAGUUGAACACUGACAGAGGUUGACUGAUUGUUCAGUCAGAUCUGUUUUUUUAUAAAGUGAUAAGUCAGCUGUUGAACUACAACAGUCAGCUAUAUGCAUUAUUAGUACUUAAAACUGCAUUUUUUAUAUGCAGGAAAUGGAAUUUCUCCUUGCUUUUAUGUCUGCAUUUCUGUUGCAGCUGUAUCAGCAUACAAUAUAUUUUAUACUGUGAUAUUUUUCAAAGAGAACACUUGUUGUAAUCAUGUAACAAAAUAAAUAUUUUUCAGAAAUUA